GCGCAACUAAAACAGAAGCACAGAAGGAGACUUUUUCACUUCAUGGGAAUUAAAGUUGCGCUGUCGGGUAUCUUAAAAAUAAAUCUUGUCGACAUCAGCACUCCUCAGUCGGUGUCAGUGCGAAAAAAGUAUGACCCCCCCCCCCAUUCGUCUGGUAUUACUUGGUUUCUUCCAAGAUGGCGACAGCGGAACUAAGGAAAUAGGAAAAGAAGAAUGGCAAUACGCGAGAGGAAAUGCCUUGGCGGAACCGGAAGUGUGCUCGCGAGGCCCACCGGGCGUGCUGUCUGUGUAGUUAACUUUCGGGGUCCUGGGGGGCAGAACACGUGAUGCCUCACAGACGGAAGAAACCUUUCAUAGAAAAGAAAAAGGCUGUAACAUUUCAUUUAGUACACCGAAGUCAGAAGGACCCUUUGACAGCAGAUGAAACUGCACCCCAGAGAAUUCUUUUGCCUGCGCAGGAGGGAAAUGAUGAAAAACAGAGAGAAGAACAGAGGAAAUAUGGAAUCUUCUUUGAUGAUGACUAUGAUUACUUGCAACAUCUCAAAGAAGCUUCUGGAAUGCCUGAGCUUGUUCCAUCAAGCAUGCAAAGCCAACAAGGCAGGAUUAUAGUGACGAAAGAAGGGGAGGUUGAAGAGGAAAUUCAGCACAUUCCAACUCCCACUAUAAAUUUGCCCUCAUCAGUGUUUGCAUCAGAAUUUGAAGAGGAUGUAGGACUAUUAAAUAAAGCCGCUCCUGUUUCAGGGCCCAGGUUGGAUUUUGACCCUGACAUUGUCGCUGCACUUGAUGAUGAUUUUGAUUUUGAUGAUCCAAAUAAUCUUCUCGAGGAUGACUUCAUUUUAAAUGCCAAUAAACCUGGGAGCAUAGAGCAAGAAAAGGAAGGUUAUUGGGAAUCUAAAUCUGGAGAUGAAGAUGAAUGGGAGGACAUGGAGGAAGACGAGAUGGAUGGAAAGAACAUUUGUAGUGAUGGAGAGUCUGAGGGUCCUUUGUCAGAUGACAAUGAAAUUGGAGGAGAGAUGAAAGAAUUUCUUUUCAUGCAAGAAGAGACCAAAAGCCGAUUCACAGAAUACUCCAUGACCUCCUCAGUAAUAAAAAGAAAUGAACAGUUGACUCUUCUGGAUGAGAGAUUUGAGAAGUUUUUUGAGCAAUUUGAUGAUGAUGAAAUUGGAGCAUUAGAUAAUGCAGAACUGGAAGGCUUCAUUGAAAGUGACAGUGCUCGGCUACAGGAAGUCUUGAAUGACUACUACAAAGAAAAGGCAAAAGACUGUGUGAAACUAGAUGACCUUGAAAUCGCAGAGGAUUCAGAGCUGUUCUUGAAUAAGAUAGAAAAAGCAGAUGAAGAACAAGAAGAAGUUGUAACUUUAAUUAUAGAGGAGCCUAAAGAAAAAUGGGAUUGCGAAUCCAUUUUAAGUACCUAUUCAACCUUAUAUAAUCAUCCAAAACUUAUUGAAGUUCCACAAAAGCCCAAACCAAUCAAAGUGUCCCAUAAGACUGGAAUCCUGCUGGAUGUUUUGCCUAAAAGGGGACUUACAGCUAAGCAGGUGGAGUGCAUGCAGAUGAUUAAUGACAGUGACCUGCCAAGAGUAUCCACAAAACCACGUCCCAAAAAUGAAAGUAAAGAAGAUCACAAAGCCAGAAAACAAGCUAUCAAAGAAGAACGCAAAGAACGCAGGAUAGAGAAGAAAGCAAACAAAAUAGCCUUCAAACAUGAGAAAACAAGGCAACAGAAAGAGCUGCUCAACCUGCAACAGAACAUUCAAGGAUUCAAAUUGUCAUGAUCAGAUUAAUUGUCCUUUAUUGUUAUCUCUGGAAACCCUUCUGUUCUGGCACAGAAGAAUAUCUUCAAGCAAAAUUGUUACCCAAUAUUUGGUACAAAAUAGUGUGGACUCUGCAUAAAGACAUAUUAUUUGAUUAUUCUUGUGCUGUAUGCUGCUGCAUUGUAACUCACAAUCUGGAAAACCAGAUAAUUCUAGAAGAAUCAAAAAUGCCACUAGGAAAGAAGUGAGAUAACUACUGUUUGUUAACAAUGUAACAUGUAAAAUCCUAUGAAAAUCCCAUGAUUUGUGGAUUAUCACUCCUGAAAAGAGGAAGUCAUAUGCUGAUUUACAGUGUGAUCCUGUGUGGAAUCAGUAUAAACCCUUUUGGUUUUAACUGGGCUUCGAUUGGAAUUGCACAACCUCAUAAUUUGUCUAUAGUAAAGAUACAUACUUAAAAGUUAUUUAUCUAAUAUUGUAAAUGGCCAAAGUGUUCAAAGAUGUUUUCGUAUAAGUAAAAUUGAGUAAGAAAAAUCA